AAACUUCACACAGCGCCAGCCUCCUUAUAGCGUCUCCGCGGUUCGCAAUCGUGCGGCACUUCAGGCUACGGCGGCCAAAACGCGACGACCCUCACCGCAAUGUCACCAACGCCUAAGGCGUCAUCAGCAAAAAAACAGCAGUCCCUGACGUCCUUCUUCGCCCCUAAGACGAUCAACGGGCUCGACGCAGCGUUCCGGAAGCAGGCUCAAUCGCAAUCCGGAGCGCAGCUCGAUCACAGCCAGUCAACAAAGAAGCGUCCGCUUGAGGAUGACACAGGUCAGAUCAACAGGACCACUGAACGUGUAGCAAAGAGAGCCAGGGCGCAUGGCGAUAGUGGCACAGCGGAUGACAAUGGCUUGAUGCCCAAGGAACCCACCGGCCACGAGGGCAGGGGCAAUGUCUCUGGCCGCGCCGGACAGUUCAUGUAUGGCGAAAGUGGCUCUGCGAACGGAGCUGACGCAGGCACGGACGGUGUUGAUCCAGUCUUAAGGUACCGCAACGAAGACCUUCACCAGCGAUUUGUAAAGAAGCUUGGCCACCCGGAUGCCAUGAGUCGGCGGGCUCGUAGGCCGCACGAAACAGACCCGGCUGAGGAAGGCGAUGCUGAGGCCGAUGCUUUUGAAGAAGAAGAGGAUCCAGCGCCGACCAAGACAAGGAAGAAGGGGGCCAAGACUGGAAAGCUCACGCCGAUGGAAGUUCAAUUCUUGGACAUCAAGCGAAAGCACAUGGACACGAUCCUCAUCGUCGAGGUCGGGUAUAAAUUCCGUUUCUUCGGCGAGGAUGCACGGAUAGCGGCCAAAGAGCUCAGCAUUGUAUGCAUCCCAGGCAAGAUGCGAUAUGACGAGCACCCAUCAGAAGCCCAUCUCGAUCGAUUUGCAUCCGCGAGCAUACCUGUACAUCGACUCCCGGUGCAUGCAAAGCGUCUUGUUGCCGCCGGCCACAAAGUAGGAGUGGUUCGUCAAGUCGAGACGGCCGCUCUCAAGAAGGCGGGAGACAAUCGAAACGCGCCUUUCAUCCGCAAGCUCACGAAUCUCUACACCAAAGGCACGUACAUCGACGAGAAUGGCGAGCUGGACCAGCAGUCUGGUGGAUCACCAGCCGGUGGCUAUCUACUCUGCAUCACAGAGACGAAGUCGAAAGGCCUGGGGAGUGAUGAGAAAGUUGACGUGGGCAUUCUUGCCGUCCAGCCUGCGACUGGGGAUAUCAUCUACGACACUUUUGAGGACGGCUUCAUGAGAAGUGAGAUCGAGACCAGGCUGCUGCAUAUAUCGCCAUGCGAAUUCCUCAUCGUUGGCGAGCUCACCAAAGGAACCGAUAAACUGAUUCAGCAUCUGUCGGGAAGCAGGACCAACGUCUUUGGAGACCGAACUCGUGUCGAGAGGACCCUCAAGAGUCCAACGAUGGCCGCUGAAGCUCACUCGCAUGUAACUCAAUUCUACGCCGACAAGGUCAAGGCGGCGUCGCAAAACGAAACAGCGAGCGCUCUCCUUGACAAAGUCCUGAAGCUGUCCGAACCAGUCACUAUCUGUCUCUCCGCCAUGAUCAACCAUUUGCAGGAGUAUGGCCUGGAGCACAUCUUCGAUCUCACCAAAUACUUCCAAAGCUUCAGCACCAGAUCUCACGUCCUGAUCAAUGGGACCACGCUCGAGAGUCUGGAGGUAUACCGGAACGCGACGGACCAUUCGGAAAAGGGUAGCUUGUUCUGGGCCGUUGACAAGACUCUGACGCGUUUUGGCCAGCGCCUCCUCCGCAAAUGGGUGGGCAGGCCGCUUCUUGAUCAGGAUAGCCUUGAGCAGAGGCUUUCAGCGGUGCAAGAGCUUCUCGACAAACAAUCAACAGCUCCAGUCAAUGAAUUGGAGAAUCUGCUCUCCAGCAUCAAAGCCGACCUGGAGCGCAGCCUCAUUCGCAUCUACUAUGGCAAGUGCACUAGACCGGAACUUUUGUCUGUCCUACAGACGCUGCAAAAGAUUGCCGUGCAUUACUCAAGGCACAUAUCUCCAUCCGAUUCGCCGUUCUCUUCCACGCUCCUGACUUCGGCGGUUGGUGCCCUACCUCAGAUCCUCGAUCCCGUCGUAUCCUAUCUGGAACGCAUCAAUCUCCAGGCGGCUCGCAAGGACGACAAGUACGGGUUUUUCCGCGACGAACACCAGACGGAGGACAUACAGGACCAUCAGCUGGGCAUCGCCCAUGUCGAGCAUGAACUUGAUUCUCAUCGAUCGGUCGCAGCACAAAAGAUCAAAAAUAAAUCCGUCGACUACGUCGCUGUUGCAGGCAUCGAGUACCUCAUUGAGGUACCCAACAACGAGAUCAAGAAUGUCCCCGCCUCUUGGAGCAAGAUCUCGGGCACCAAGAAGCUCUCUCGGUUCCACACGCCCGAGGUGCUACGUCUCAUCGCGGAGCGAGACCAGCAUCGGGAAGCACUUGCUGCCGCCUGUGACAAAGCCUUCAAAGACCUUCUUGCUGAGAUCUCUGCCGAUUAUCAACCCCUCCGCGACGCAGUAGCCGCUCUGGCGACUCUUGACUGCCUCCUGUCACUGUCAAAAGUCGCCGGCCAGCCUGGCUAUAGCCGGCCGACUUUCCUCCCAGUAUCUAGCGAGCCAACCAUAUCCAUCACCCAGGGCCGGCAUCCCAUUGCCGAACGAACCAUAGACUAUGGCUACAUUCCCUUCACCACCACUCUCGCACACCCAUCGCCAUUGGCCCACCUCAUCACAGGUCCGAACAUGGGUGGCAAGUCGUCCUUUGUACGCGCCUUUGCCCUCAUUGUCCUCCUCGCGCAGAUCGGCUCCUUCGUACCCGCCGAUGCCCUGUCCCUUACCCUGUGCGACGCCAUCCACACCCGUGCUGGCGCCAGAGACAACCUCUUUACCGGCGAGUCUACAUUCAUGGUUGAAGUUUCUGAAACGGCCCGCAUCCUCCGAUCCGCAACGCCUCGCAGCCUCGUUAUCUUGGACGAAUUAGGCCGUGGCACCAGCACUCACGACGGCGCCGCCAUCGCCCAGUCGGUCUUGCAGCACGUGGUGACAGAAACUCGUUGCCUUACCCUCUUUAUAACGCACUACCAGAAUCUGGCCCGUGUGGUUGACGGCCUGGAUGGUGUCUCUAAUGUACACAUGAAGUUUAAAGCCGACGUCAACAGUGAUGGCGAGGAGGAAGUCACAUUCUUGUAUGAGGUCGGCGAGGGCAUUGCUCAUCGCUCAUAUGGUCUCAAUGUUGCUCGAUUGGCACGCAUCCCCAAGAAAGUGCUUGAUGUGGCCGCAGAAAAGUCAAGUGAAAUGGAACUUGGUAUGCGAGUGCGUCGGCUCAAAGGAGCCUACCGAGCGUUGGAGGAGGUCAUUUCGCAAUGCGCUUCAAAGCCGCUCGACCAACUCGUUGCCAGCAUUGAGCAGCUCUGACAAGCACAACGUGUUCAUGGUGUAGACUGGAGUCAGUGGAUGUAGCAUGUAGUAGCUUCAAAAUUGUAAUUACUUGCCAGCAUUAAUAGCG